AUGGAAUAUUAUAAAGCUGGGGGCUAUCAUUCAGUCACAAUCGGGGACUAUUUCCACCAUCGCUAUCGGGUAGUUCAUAAACUCGGUCAUGGUACAUACUCGACCAUUUGGCUGGCCCGUGAUGAAGUUUCCAAUCGAUAUGUUGCAGUAAAAAUCUGUACGGCGGAUUCGAAUCCCCGCGAGGAGAAUCAAUCGACACACAUAGACCAUGAUUUGAUCCCUACAAUCUCAGAUAUCUUCAACAUACAAGGCCCCAAUGGCAACCACACCUGCUUGGUCACCAGGCCAGCACGAAUGAGCCUGUCGGAUGCAAAGAAUGGAUCAUGGAUCAGUCUCUUUCAGCUUGAGCUCAUGAUUGCUGUCCAGUACAUCCACUCCCAAGGUAUUGUCCAUGGGGACCUUCACCGUGGCAAUAUUCUACUUCGGCUUUCCCGUGACUUUGACGAGCUAUCGACUGAAAUGCUGUACGAAAAGUAUGGAGAGCCGGUUCUCGAGCCAGUCAAUCGACUAGAUGGUAAAGAGAUCCCGCCAGAUGUGCCACAACAUGGUGUAGUACCUAUAUGGCUUGGAGAAGCAAGUGAAGAUGUGACGCUCCCGGAAGCUAAGAUUCUGGUUUCAGACUUUGGUGAGGCAUUCUGUCCGACUCACGAACAAAAAUUCGAGUCUCAUACACCUCUGUUGGUCCGUCCCCCAGAGGCCCGGUUUGAGCCAACCCGGCCCCUGACCUUUUCGUCCGAUAUAUGGACACUUGCUUGCACCAUCUGGGAUAUUAUGGGACAAAGAACACUAUUUGAAGGCCUCCUUACAAAUGAUGACGACAUGACUAGCCAACAAGUUGACCUACUUGGCCCGCUGCCUUCCGAGUGGCUCACAAAAUGGAAAGAAAUUCGAAACAAGGAUAGCAAGUCGACUCACCAACCUUCCACAUCUUCGACCCGGUCAUGGGAGGAUCGAUUCGAAAAACACAUGCAGCAGUCGCGAAUUCGUGAGGGAAUGCCGCCUUUUGAAUCAAGAGAACGGGAUGCUUUCAUCUCGAUGUUACGCUCUAUGCUUCGCUUCAGGCCGGAAGAUCGCCCUUCUGCUCAACAGGUCCUUGAGUCGGAAUGGAUGAGUACGUGCGUGUAUCUCAAUGAUCCCAGUAAACAAUAUCCACCACUGAAACCUGUGAGUCAUAACAAUGGUCCUGACACUGGGUAG